AUGAGUGGAGUUGCGCAAGCUUGUAGCCUUAGACAGGAAAUACCGUGUGUUACACAUACCAUAUGCUGCAUCAAUGUGCAUAUUUCUACGGCGGAAUAUUUAUUUGUCCCUAGCCACAAGGAAGGUUCAUAUAAAAGUAUAAACAUUAUUGAUUCAUCUUUAAUCUCUACCAUACUCUUCCCUACACCCGAUAUCAUUGAACCCACAAGGACACCUAUAGCAGACUAUUCUGAGUUUACCAUCAAAAUGGAGUACCCUCUUGACUACAAAACAAACCCGUCUUAUAUUGAGUUCUGGCAGAAGAUAGCGAAGAUACACGCCACAAAAGUAUUAGUGCGCUACCACUGCACUAAUGAUAAAGGGAAUGAUGUUUAUAAAACAUUGACUUAUGAGCAAGUUGAUCGUAUGUCAACGAACCUUGCUCUCGAGUGGAGCAAAUCUAUAUGCGAGGCUGUCACUGUAGGAUUUAUUAGCGAUCAUACUCCAUUCUAUUUGAUUUCAAUGCUGGCAAUUAUGAAACUAGGCGUAAUUUUCCUGUCCUUAUCCCCUCGCAACUCCCCUGAUUCAGACGCAAGCUUAUUAAAGGCCACGGAAACCAAAUUCCUUAUUGCUUCAACUAAGUACAAAAAUACAGCCCAAAGUACUGCGAGCCAGGUUGAGGGUUGUCGUGUACUCAUUUUUCCAGAUUUUGACCUGGAGUAUCUAUCAAAACAACCCCUGAAUUCUCAAACUGACUUUAUGUCUAUCAUUUGUGCGCAAACCCCCGAGUCAAUUAUUUUGAUUGGUCACAGCUCUGGAACAACAGGAUUUCCUAAGCCUAUACGCUUAACAAACCGCUUUAUGAUCCAUGUUAUACAAUCAUUAUCUAUCGGGAUCGAAGACACAAACAAAAAUAUAGAGUAUACAUGCUCAGAUGUUAUAUUGCCGUGUACACCAUUGUUCCAUUCAUUCGGUCUAUUUGCAAUAUUCAAUGUGCUACUAGUCGGUGCCAGCGUUGUAUUUUUGAAACAACUUCUUCCUUCAAUACCAGAGCUUAUUUUUGCAAUUGAAGCCAACAAGUGUACUUUCAUGAUGGUACCACCAUUAGUUUUAGAGCAGAUGUUAGCCCACUGCCAAGAACAAAGUGAUUUCUCUCCAUUACAACAGCUCAAAUUAACAAUUUUCGGUGGGGCCCCUCUUAAACAAGAAGUGGGGAGCUUCUGCGAGUCAAAAAAUAUUAUCAUUCGUAACAAGUAUGGUGCCUCAGAAAUUGGCUCAUUUAUGAUAAGUGACCUUGCUCCUAAUACCAAGCAAUGGAACACUUUAAGACCUUUACCACCUCUGAGAAAAUAUUGUAUCUGGGAACCUUACUUUGCUGAUUCAGAGUUAGUUCAUCUGGUUAUAAAGGGUGAUUGUCCUUCAAUUGCACAUGGAGUUGUCAACAGGGAGGAUGGAAAUUAUGGGACCAGAGAUCUAUUUAAAGAGACCUCACCAAACUCCGGGUAUUACUCUUAUUAUGGGCGAAUGGACGAUACACUAAUCAUGAAAAAUGGAGAAAAAACCAAUCCUUUACCUAUUGAGGCCACCAUUAGACAAUGUCCUAUUGUCAGUCAGUGUGUUAUAAUUGGAGAGAGUCGUCAAUGUAUAUCUGUAUUGAUCGAGCUGUCCGCAGAGAGCCCCAAAGAAUACACCACUGAAGAAAUCACAGAUAUUGUAUACCAUUAUAUUCGAGAAGCGAAUAAAAGUGCACCGACACAUAGUAUGAUAUUUAAGCAAAUGAUCUAUAUAUUGCCCUUAGGAGAGACUUUGCCAGCAACUGCCAAAGGGACUGUGAUACGCAAACACGCCUACAAUGAAUAUAAAGAUGUCAUAGAAAAGCUCUAUGUCAACUUCCUUGAGGGUCCACAAAAUUCUGCAGAUGAGAGUAUUGCUGCUGCCUUGUUAUGGUCUCCCGAGGAAGUUAAACUAUUUAUAGUCAAAUCCGCGGCAGAAGUACUUGGUAUACCCCAAGCAGACAUUAAAGACAGUAGUAAAUCACUUUUUGAUUUUGGAUUAAAUUCUAUUACUUCCAUUCAGCUGCGUAACAGGUUAUCCAAAAUCUUUGGAAAACUUUCCCAGAACUUUCUAUUUCAGUAUCCAACCAUUGAUCAAGUAGCCGUGGCUCUAUUAAGAGGCCCACAAUAUCACAAUACAUGGGUUGAUGAGCGUUUGAGCAAGACGGAAGAGAUUCUAGACAGCUAUCUGAAACGGGCCAGCCAAGACUUUGAAAUCACUAAAAAUUCCUACGUCAAAGAUCAAGAUCAAGUAGUUUUGCUCACGGGUGCAACUGGGUCACUGGGAUCAUUCAUGCUGAGGGAUCUCCUCAAGUCUCCUCAAGUCUCCAAGGUCUACUGUCUUGUUCGUGGUAAAGAAGCCGGAGCACUCAACCGAAUCUACCAUGCUUUUGAGAGUCGAAGCCUCGAUGUCUCGCUCUUGAGUUCACCAAAGCUUGUCGCCCUACCAAUGAAUUUGACGGAUGAAAAGUUGGGUUUCGCGCAUGAUUUCUACUCCAAACUCAAAUCAGAAGUCACUAUUAUCCAGCACUGUGCCUGGCUUCUUGAUUUCAACCAUACGGUCGAACAUUACGACAAAGAGUGUAUUAAAGGUCUUUACAAUCUGGUCAAAUUUUCUUACCGACAGAUCAACCCCAUCCACCUCCACUUUAUUUCGAGUAUCAGUGCAAGCGCAGGCUGGGGAGCCACUAUCCCAGAGUCACCUCUGCCACGUAACACAAAGGUUGCAAUGCCAAUUGGAUACGCACAGUCAAAAUACAUUGUUGAGUACCUUUUCAAUUAUCUCACAAAAGAAAAAAACCUUCCAUGCAUUAUUGCGCGACUCGGUCAGGUCUGUGGGGACUCUAUAAAUGGCGUGUGGAAUACAAGUGAGCAGUACCCACUUAUGUUUAUUGGUGGUGGAAGCGUUAUGAAAAAGAUGCCUCGUUUGAACACUGCUAUUGACUGGAUCCCUGUCGAUUAUGCCGCAGCAUGUAUUGUUGAUAUUAUGCUCAAGACCACAUCCAAGCCCGUGGAUAUCAACGAAUCAGUCUAUCAUAUCGUCAACCCUUAUAGAGUUACAUGGGAGGACUUGUUAAAAGCAAUGAGGUAUUCCGGAAUGUCAUUCGAGACUGUACCGGUAAAAGAGUGGAUCAGAGAACUGAAAAAGGACGAUAAAAAUCCUGCUUUUAGACUUGUGUCCUUUUAUGAGAAUACUCUUGACGAAACCUUCACAAUGCCUGUAUUAAGCACUGAAAAAACAAUUCUAUUUAGUCCAAUACUUAGAAAUUGCUCUGCACUAGAUACCCAACUGCUUAAAAAAUUUGUUUUAUAUUGGAAAUCUAUUGGAUUUUAUAAAAAUUAGAUAUCCAAUUUACCUUAUAGAAAUUAGCGAUAAACCAUAUUUUUGUGUUUUCUUUUUUCAUGACAUUCUUUUUAUCCAUUUCUUCUAAAAAAAUUAUCUUAAAUUUAAUUACUAGCAUUAUUAAGAAAUAAAGAUACCAGAUUUUUUCCCCU